AUGAUGUUUAGGUCGAGAAAAUAUGUUUUUUUUGUUUUUCGAGACAAUACGGAAUGUGAGCUUCCGAGUUCCCGGAAGGGCCGGUGUGACGAGCUUGAAACAAUCUAUAGAGAAACUAUAAUUGCUGACCUACAUCAUACCCAAAGUGACAACCACGAGAGACUCAUCGGCCUCGAUCGUGAGCCGAGGAAUGUGAGCUUUAGAGUUCCUGGAAGGGCCGGUGUGAACGAGCUUGAAACAAUCUAUAGAGAAACCGUAAUUGCUAGUUUGAGGUUUUUUAGACCUACAUCAUAG